AUGGCCAUGGCAUUAUUAUUUAGUGACAGUGACGAUAGUGAUUUGUUGUUCUUAUCGGAUACUGAUAGCGAAUCAGAAGAGGAACGGAGCGCGAGUUCCCGAAGAUUAAAAAGGGUGAACUAUAUGCAGAGUCUCGAUGAUGCUGAGUUCACAUUUAGGUUUAGAUUAUCUAAACCUGCAGUGGAGACUCUGUUAACACGAUUGAUGCCAUUUGUACGUGUAACCUCUACAAGGAAUCAUGGUGUAUCACCACUGCAUCAAAUGUUGCUAACAUUAAGGUUUUAUGCAUUGGGCACAAUGUUAAUUUCUGUAGCUGACUUUGUUGGAGUCUCUAAAUCAACAGCAGGCCGAAUAGUGCGCGAUAUAUCAUCAGCAAUCGCCCACUUGUAUGAUGAAUAUAUUUUUGUUCACCAACAAAGUGUAGAAAAGUUCUACCAAAUUGCACGGUUCCCUUGUGUGUUUGCCGCAGUUGAUUGCACUCAUAUACGUAUCCAGUCACCAUCUGUUAUAAUAGGAGAAGAAUUUAGAAAUCGCAAGGGUUACUUUUCCUUUAAUGUCCAAGCAAUUUGUGAUGCUGAUUUAAGAUUUAUGAAUGUAGUUGCUCGAUGGCCAGGUUCAACACAUGACGCUACAAUUUUCAAUAAUUCUGUUCUUAGAGCGCAAUGUGAUGCAGGUAUGUUUGGUAGCCGCUGGAUGCUUGGUGACAGUGCUUAUCCAAACAGAUCAUAUUUAUUAACACCACUUUUAAAUCCUUUUACUGAAGCAGAACAGAGAUAUAACGAAGCACACAUUAAAACUAGAAAUACUAUAGAGAGAACUUUUGGUAUUUGGAAGCGAAGAUUUCCUAUAGUGGCUCUAACAAUGCGCUUGUCAUUACCCAAUGCCCAGGCUGUAAUAAUUGCAACUUCUGUGUUACAUAAUAUUUGUAGAAACUACAGCUUGGAGGAACUUCCUGCAGAAGUGGAUCUUCUGCUAGAAGAUUCAGAAACUCAUGAACAUUCAUAUACUGAAGUCCAAGAUGUGCAAGAAAGAGCAGUCCUUAUUAGGAAUUAUUUUCAGUAG